AAAAAAUCAACAAUCAGACAAAAUAACAAUAAUAGCAACAACUACAGUAGACACAGCAGUUAUAGUAAAAACAAGCGAAGCAGAUUCUCAAUUUCACCACCAAAAACACUAAAAUCCACAAAAAAAAAAUAAACAAUUAGUAAAUGACACCCAUACGCAUACAUAAAUGAGCUGAAAACAUCUAAAUUUAAAAGAAAAAUAUACAAACGAAAAAAAUAAAAAAUAAAAAUUGAAUAUUAGGUUAAAAAAGUGGAAUAAGCAAAAAAAUUUAAAGAAAAAGUACAAAUUACAACGAUAAGUUCAUCAAAUCAAUACAGCACGCACGGCGAACAAUCAUCAACAAACAAGGAGGUGUCCAGAGCAGCAAUUGGCGGCCAGCGUAUGCGAGUAGUAGUAGUCAGCAGGGCGUAAGUGGUAAGAGCACAGUGCGAGGGCUGAUUGUCAAAAAGCAGUGAGGACAAAGUAAAAGAGCGCGCGCGCCAUUUCCACCAGUCAGUCGUCAGUGCACUUCGUCUGACUCCGAGCAAAUUUCGCUUUGUGUAAUCUAUGCAAAUCUUGCGAAUUGAAUACCCUGCGCGCUCUUUUACGUUACUGCAAGAUCAGACUCCAAAAGCCGUCGCUAAGAAAAUCUAAAAGUGAAAGCGACUGAGGCGUUGCCAAUCCAUUGUCAAGUUAAGUGAUCACCGGCAACACCAUUGUGUCGUUGUUGGUGGCGUUGGUGGCGGUGUGUCGUCGGAACUGUUGUUGGUGUUGGUCGUCGGUGGUCUGUAGUCGCAGUGGGAAUUCUCGGAAAGCCAAAGUCUGUCUGUAUCGUAGCUGAGUGAAAGAGUAGUAGAGUUUCAGGCACCGUCGACUAACGCGCGCGCCAACUACCGUACCAACGCACCCGUCUCGUACGCCCAACCACCUGACCGACCACCUGCUCGCACAAUUCACUCUUCCGUCGUCAUUCAACGCACCAAUCACUAGAUCACAUCCUACACAACGUAGCUCGCGCGAAAGCAAAAAUACUGCCCAUUGGCUGCCGACGACUCUCGAAUAGAUUGGUCGAGACUAGCUGCAUUGCUUUUGCGCGUAUGUAGAAUAUCGGCCGCGCUAUCAUCGUCAUCGGCAUUGCCAUCAUCGAAUAUUUCGACACAGUAACACAAUAUGGCAACACCACAAGUCAAAGAUUUGGUGUUGCGUUCUCCUGCUGGCUCCUCUGAAGUGGUCACCUUCCCUUGGCCCCUACAAGUUGGCAGCGGUCAGGACAAGCACGACAAUGGCAUCGAUAUUAUCGACACGAUCAAGUUCGUGUGCGAAGAAUUGCCAAGCAUCUCAUCCGCAUUCGAAGAGAUUAAUCUCAAUCAAAUUGACACUGCCUGCUAUAAGACUAUGACAAAUCUUGUCGAUCGAUUCAACAAGGCUGUUGACAGUAUUGUUGCAUUGGAAAAAGGAACUUCACUGCCCGCUGAGCGUUUGAAUAAAUUCGCUCAUCCCAGCUUACUUAGACAUAUUUUGCAAUUAGUCUAUAAUGCUGCCGUACUCGAUCCGGAUAAACUCAACAAUUACGAACCCUUCUCACCCGAAGUCUAUGGCGAGACAUCGUAUGAACUUGUCCAACAAAUGAUCAAACAUGUGAAUGUAACCAACGAUGAUACAUUCAUUGAUCUGGGUUCGGGUGUUGGCCAAGUUGUACUACAAAUGGCCGGCUCUUUUCCGCUUAAAGCGUGCGUGGGCAUCGAAAAGGCAGAUACGCCCGCCCGCUAUGCCGAACGCAUGGAUACGUAUUUUCGUCAAUUUAUGGCGUGGUUUGGUAAACGCUACUGCGAAUAUAAAUUGAUAAAAGGCGAUUUUUUAGUUGACGAACAUCGUGAGAAGAUUACCUCAUCUUCAUUGGUUUUCGUAAAUAAUUUUGCCUUCGGACCGAAUGUCGAUCAUCAGCUGAAGGAGCGUUUCGCAGAUUUGCGUGAUGGUGCGCGUAUUGUAUCAUCGAAAUCGUUUUGUCCGCUGAAUUUUCGCAUUACGGAUAGAAACCUCAGCGACAUCGGCACUAUAAUGCAUGUCAGCGAAAUACCGCCACUCAAGGGUUCGGUCUCAUGGACCUGUAAGCCAGUAUCGUACUAUUUACAUACAAUUGAUCGUACGAUAUUGGAGCGUUAUUUUCAACGCCUGAAAACUCAAAAAGGUGCUGAAAACGAUCAUGUCGGUUCCACGCGUACCACACGCGAUCGUGCCAAACGUGAGGCUAACAAUCACGCACUCAACAAUCAUCACCAUCAUAACCAAAACCAAAACAACAGCAACAGCAACAACGCGCACUCUAGCUCCUCCGCUGCCAACUCGUCAUCUUCGAACUCCUCCAACAGCAACACGCAACGCACCAAUUCGCCGGCGGCGCAUCUUAACAACAACAAUAGCAACCACAAUCAGUCAACGGCAACAGCAGCGGUGACGGCGACGACAGCAUCGUCGGCGACAACAACUUCCAUGACGACGUCGUCCAAGGCCACUCGAAAUCAACAACAACGCGAACAACAGCAAGCCCAGGCGCAUCGCAAUAAUAACAACAGUAACAGCAACAUGGACAUGGACACGUCGACCGAAAGCGAAGGCGAAGCGGCGAAUGGCAGCACAACUGGCGGCACCGCCAACAGUAACCGGGGGGCCACACGCAAGAUCUGGUCCGACUGGUGCAGCAGCUCGAAGGGCAAGUCGUCGCAGUCCGAUGAUGAGGAGAACAAUAAUAAUAAUUUUAGCAGCGCCACGACGACGACAACGACGACGGCGCGUAACGUACGCACCACCGUCACGCAGAAGAAGCGCAAGAAGCUUACGCGCAAGGCGGCAAUUGCUAGCAAGAGCGCUGCUGCUGCGGCGGCCCAACGUGAAGUGGCCGCUGCACGCGAGGCGGCAGCACAAGCGGCCGCUAUUGCAGCCGCUACGGCGAACAGCAAAGACUCUUCGUCGAAGGAGGAUGGUGGCGCUGGCAGUGGUGGUGGCGGCGGCGGCGGCGGCGUACGUGGUCGCAAGGGCCGCAUGAAGAAGGGUGCGCGCGGACGCAAAUCACUGAAGAUCGCCGGGCUGGAUGUGCUGCACAAGCAGACGCUGUUGAGCACGUCACACGAGGUGCUGAGCAAGAAAUUGCCAGCGGCACCAGGCUGUGUGGACCAACAGCUGACGUCGUUGUUGACGCGUAACAUGUCGCACACGGAGUUGGAAAUACCGGAGGCGCCGCAGGAUACACCGUAUGCAUUGCAGAUUCUAUUGGAUGUCUUCCGUUCGCAAUACAUGGCAAUGAUAGAUCAGAUGAAGGCGAGGUCGUUUGUGCCGAAUAUAAAACGUCAAAUACAGUUGGAGCAGGAGCGCAAACAGCGCAUUAAGAAUCGUGCCUGCCAGCUGGACAAACAGAUUAAGGUGCUAAUCGAUGAUAGUGUGAUGCUGCUAAAGGCGCGCAUGAAUGAGCUAGGCAUCAAUGUGACCUCACCGAAUGAUCUGAUAACAAAGGCGAAGGAGAUCGUGGGACGACAUAAGGAAUUGCAGGGCAUCGCAAAGAAGAUACAAUCGCAGGUCACGGCCUGUGAGUUGGAGCAGAAACGCAUGCUAAAGAAACACCUGCAGCAUUUGCCGGAUUAUCAGCAGACCUGCGGCACCAAUGGACGCACCAAACUGGAACUGCCUUCUGGCAGUGUGAGUGAGUUAAGCGAAACCGCUGCGCACGAGUUGGUUCUGAAGGAGAUCGCCAACACGUUGGCGCAACGCAAGAAGUUGUACGCGCAAGUGUCGAGCAUUGAGAAGGAGGCCGCGCUUCUGGAAAAAGCCGCCGAAGAGCGACGCACUGCAGCGGCGUUGCUUGCUCAAGGCACCAACAUGAUAUUGGCGACCUCAUCGCCAGCGCUAAGCGGAACGCCAACAAUGAUGCCCGCCACGCUAAUACCAGCAGGUACCGGUGGCGGCGCGACACAACCGCUGCAGCUGACUACUAUGACGGCAUCAAAUAGCACAUCAGGUGCUGGUGCCGUGUCCCAUAGCGCGCCCACAACGCCUAGCAAAUCUUCAGGGCAUGCUUCGUCUAAGAGCGCGCGCCGUAGUCGCGAUCAUCGUACGCGUUCCCAGGAGUGGCCCGAUGUGCCGGACGUAGGCAAGAUCGAGGAGAGCAAUCCCGAGGUAUUGGCGCAAAAGAUACUGGAGACCGGUCGUCAGAUUGAGGCAGGCAAAUUUUCAGCAACUGCCGGUGUUGGCAACUCGUACAACAAUGCAGCGCUUGGUGCUGGCCCGCAAGUAGGUGGAAAGCAACUGCCGCCGCCACAGGCCGCACACAUGCACCAUCAUCACCACAACAAUAACAAUAUGGCGCAAUACCACGAGGAGGUGCCGACAACACCGCCGUCAAAGAAGAAGCAACACGCGCGCAGCUCGAGCAGCGAGCAUUUACCAUCGGUUUCCAUUUAUGUGGCCGAUAGCAAUCUGAUGCCUGCGCCCAUAGCUGCAGGCAAACACCAGCAACAGCUGCCACAGCAGCAGCUGCAAUCACCUUCCGCAAGUGGUAACGGUUUGCGCAGCGCGGUCGGCAUGCUGCCGAAAUGUGAACUGCCUGGCGCGCGCAAGUCCUUAAUGUCUGCUGCAGCUGCUGCCGGCAUACAGGAGUCUCCCAAAGUGGCUAACUUCGAGGACCGCCUUAAGAGCAUUAUCACUUCGGCGCUAAAUGAGGAUCAGGAACAUCGCAAGGCGGCCGCACAUCAAAUGCCUGGCUCGUCGUCAGCCACCCACAUGCAUGAUUUGAAUUUGUCCUCCGCUCCACAGCAAUCGUCUCCGGCGACGAAGCGCAGCAAACACUCAGCGUCAUCUAUGAACAACAUGAAUCAGCAGCAACACGCGCACCAGCAAAUGCACAUGCACCACCAACAACACGCGCACCACAAUCAUUUGCCGCCGUUGCCACCACAGGCACAGCCGCCAAACAAUUUGAGCAACCUCAUCACCGUCGCUACCCAGGGGCCAACACAUUUGAAUGCUAACACCACCAUAUCACCAAUAACGCCACCACUCUCUACCGCCAAUAGCCAAUACGGCAGCGGCGGCGUGGGUGCAGGCAAAUAUGGCGGCGGCAAGCAACAGUCUUCCGCUGCAACGGGCGGGCAGAAAGGUAGCACUGCUAAAUAUCAGCAACAGCAACACAAUGUGCACCUUCAACAACAACAACAACAACAACAGCAGCAACAGCACUUAGCGCAUUUGCAGCAGCAGCAGCAUGCGCACUAUGGCUCUGCCGCGGCAGUUGGCGCCUCACCAGCUGACUUGGCCUUCCAUCAUCGUCGUCGCAGCUCUGUCAGCGCGGCAAGUUACGAACACUACGCUGCACAGCAGCAGCAGCAGCAACAACAACAACAGCAGCAGCAGCAGCAACAUCAAGCAAUGAUGAUGGCUGCCGCUGCUGCAGCUGCUGGCGGCGCGCCAUCCCAUCAUCACCCAGGUGCCGGCCAUCAACAUCUGAUGCAACAAAUGGAGUUCAAAGCUCCCGGCGUUGCCGCGGAAAAUCUCAUCUUAAGCGCAUCGCAACGUUCAAACAGCCGCGAGCAACUUGCUGAGGAAGUGAUCGUGGCGCCACGCUCCAGUUCGGCCAACUCAGAUUCGGCCAUUAUGUACUACCCACCGACACGCGAUCGCCUUAUGUCGCUCGAGCGCAGCAAUAGUCGCGAAUCCGCGGUCUCACAACCAUUACCGCCACAUCAGAACAACAGUGGCGGCGGCGGCCAACAACCGUUAUCGCAGCCGAGUCGUCCGAGUUCCAACUCAUCACAACCGGAUUAUACGCAGGUGUCACCAGCGAAAAUGGCACUGCGCCGUCACCUUUCACAAGAGAAACUCAAUCAGCAAAUGCCGCCUACAGGCGCAGCUGCUGGAUUGCCACUCUCAACGAAAACCAUUGGCGAUCUGGUGAAUGGCGAAAUCGAGCGUACGCUCGAGAUAUCGCAUCAGAGCAUAAUCAAUGCGGCAGUAAAUAUGAGCACAGUCGGUGCGCCGCCAAAUGCUGUUGGCAGUGCAGUUGCUGCCAAUACUUACAUAGAUCGCGCGGCGCAUGACCGUCUGCUCAUCAAUCCGAAUGCGCAACGUCCCGAGCGUGUGCACGUGCGUGUUUUUGAUGAGCAAGCGGCGCAUGUGCAAGGCAGCGCAAUAGACGUCUCGCCGCGCACUAUGGGCAAUAGUAGUAGUAGUAGUGGACGCAAAUCGCCACCUCCUACUCAGGCCACACACAAUUUAGCAACGCUAGCGCAUGUUGCCUACAAUCACAAGCCAGCGACUGGUAGUGCUGCGGCAGCCACAACAGCACCAGCAUCAUCGAGUAGUGGUCGAGGUAAUAAUAUCAGCUACAAUGCUGCGCGUGACAUACAGAAUCAGUCACUAUAUCAACAACAAAUGGCUGUGAGUGCUGGAGGUGUAGGUGGUGGCGGUGGUAGGGAAACGACUGCCCGAAACGCUGCUGGCGGUAAUGUUGGCGGUGCUAGUAGCGGCUCACGUGGUCGCGACUAUCAGCCGGUUAGCUUGCCACGCGCCGAAAUGAAAGGCUGUAUCGAAGCAUAUUUCAACGAUGAACAACAUCAUCAUCAGCAGCAACAACAACAGCAGCAGCAGCAGCAGCAGCAUCAUCAUCAUCAUAAUCAACAAUCGCAUUCGCAUAAGUCGAGCAGCAAGGAACGCAACAGUGGACGCGGAAACCGUUUGAAUGGCAGCAAUCCGCCGUUGGAAGGCUUAGCUGCUUCUCUUCAGGAUCACGUUAUGGCUUCGCGCAAGUAUAAGGAGGAGCAUGAAGAACGUCAACGACGUGCUGCCGCUGUUUCAACCAACAACAGCAAUGGCGACUUACAUAACCAACACCUUCAUCAUCAUCAUCAGCAGCAGCAGCAGCAUCAUCAACACCAACAGCAGCAGCAGCAAUACGUUCAUAGUCAGUCGCAUCAUUACCAAAACCCGCAAGACACAAAUACCACACCCAGCAAGGUGGAAAUUGGUGUUAAACGUACUUCGCCCAUGGCGAACAAUCAACAGCCACGCCCUGCUAAAAUGGCACACUACAACGACAACGUAGGUGCGCACAACCACCACCACCACCAACAGCAGCAUCAGCAUCAGCACCAGCAGCAGCAGCAGCUUCAACAACAACAUCUCAGCAACAGCAAUCCAUAUGCGAAUAUGAAUGGAGUUAGUAGCAGCAGUGCAUCCGCAUCGGCCGGAUCUUCACAACCACAAAGCACUUCGCUAUCGCCAACAUGUCGACGCAAUGUAAAAUUGCCGCUCGAACCAUUGCUAAUGAGUCCGGAAAUCAAUUCGAUAAUGAGCGGUGGCAGUGCUGGUGGUGAUGAGCGACCGUUACAGCUAUCGGGCACAGCAGCAGCCGCAGCGAUGUCACGCCAACAGCAACACGAGCAGCAGCAGCAGCAGCAUCGAACGAUGACGACGACACCGCAUAGCACAACACCGAUUGUGGGUGGACGCGCCGGUGAUGAUGAUGACGUCAUCGCCGACGAUGAAACUCACUGGCAACACCGUGUGAGCUCCGGCUUCGAUCGGCUGGUCGCUUUCGCCUCCACCGAAUUGGAUAAGACGCGUCGUUCGAUAGACACCGAUAUAGUACCCUCCUCGAUUAGCUGCAACACCUCACCCGACUCUGGCAUAACGCACAGCAGCAGCAAUUCAGAUGCGGCACGCACUUUCCUCUCCACCUCUUCCACCUCCUCACAACUAGAUAUGCCAAUGGGCAGUGGCGGCAGUAGCGGCAGUAGCGCCGGCAGCACCAGCAGCUCCAGCGGCGGCAGCGCAAGCUCUGGCGGCAGUGCUGUCAAUAGCUAUAUGCAUGGCCACCUACACCACCACCACAACCACCAUCAUCAUCACUCACUGCUGCUGCAUCAACAUAGCAGCGGCAGCGUUGGCGGUAGCAGUCACGCUUCCUCCUCCGACCAUCUCAGCGAUAGCAGCAUGAAAUCAUCGCACUCGGAUGUCACCUCUAUGCCACCCAUAACGCUGCUGAAGACGAGCGUCGCGUCGCCAGUCGAUGCAAGCGCCAUCGAAAGUCCGCCGCUGUCCGACAUUGGACUACCGCGCACACCUAGCCCGAAUGCAGCAGUGCCAACGCCACCUUUGGCGGCGGCCAUGGCUGCUGCACACAGCGUCACACCCACACCAACACCAACACACACGCCCACGCCAACACCGCCAGCUGGCACGGCCACCACCGCUGGAGAUCCGUAUGGCAACAAUACACUGAAAAUACCGUUAAAAUAUCAACGAAAGUCGAAAUCUUCAUCGGAGAAGCAUUACAAGAAGAAAUUCUGUGAGCGCAAUUGGGAAUAUGAUUGCGAUGAUUUACUGAUACCGUAUGCGAAUAAUAGUAAUGAUGCCACCAACAACAAUGUGCACACGUCUGAGGGUGGUGCAACAGCGGCAGAUGCGGCUGGUAAGUUGGUCGCCGGUAGUUCGAUAACAAAUGGCCCUACUUCGCAUACCAAAUCCAGUGGUGGAGAAUCGAGAAAGUCGGCUGCGAACAGUGAAAAGUCGCCCAAAUAUCAGCAACAACAGCAGCAGCAGCAGAAUGCCGUUGAGUCCAGCACCAAAAGCGCUGACCCGCUUAAUCGCAAUCACAGCAGCAACAGCUUGUCGGCGAGCGCAGCGGCAAUGACGCAAAAUCUAUCGAAUCACCAUCAUCACCAUAAGUCGUCCAAAUUUCGACCGAAGGGCAAGGAUUGGGACUGGUCCAUGGAUAGCAGCAACAGCAGCGGCGCGGUGAAUGUUAGCAACAGCGGCAAUAGUGGCGGCGCUAGCAGCGCUCUGGGAGCGGGCAACAGCAGCGGCAACAAAUGCAAGUCGGACGUAAGCGCUGCGCCGUCAGCGACGACUGCCACGCCCACAACAACCAAUAUUAAGUGCAACCGGCAAACAAUUCACGUUCAGGAAAACAUUUAAAAGUUUAUUACUUUAAAUUGCAAUGUAACAAACGACAGUUUGUGAAAAAAUAAAAAUAAAUAAAAAAUAAAACUUAUAACAAAUUUAAACAAAAAAAAUAUAAAUAUUAUUUAACGCAUGUAACAGCUGUUUCGAACAAUGCAAAAAAUGUAUGUAUGUAUGAAUAAAAAAUCAGUAACAACAACAAAUAA